AUGGCUUCAUCCCCACACAGCUCCACUCAUCUCUACUUCCUCCUCGUCUUCUUCCUCCUCCUGGCUGCUGCCACGGCCUUCCCGGUCACCUCCGAGUUCGAACUCGGCAUCCAGAAGAGAAUCCACUUCCGCGUCUACUUCCACGAGACCUUUAUCGGUCCCGACAACACCACCGUCACCGUGGUGAACAUGAGCCUCCCCUACACCUUCGGGAACAUCGAGAUCUACGACACCGUGCUGAGGGUCGGCCCCGACGAAAGCUCCACCUUCCUCGGAAGGGUGCAGGGCGCGGGCUUCCACGUAUCAAUGCGGGAGGAGGUGAUGCUGGUACCGCUGGUGCUGGUGUUCACGGCGGGGAAGUUCGUCAACAGCACUCUCACGGUGAUCGGGAGACUGGACGCGUCCGGGAACUCGGAGCGGGCCAUCGUGGGAGGGACGGGGUUGUUCCAGUACGCAUGGGGGAAGCUGGUGACCGAGACGGUGACGGCCUCAGUCGCGAAGCUCGUCGUCGCCUACGACGUCUACGUCGUUUACUACGACGACCUCCAUCUCAGUGCCAUCGCAUGA